GGGGGAUGAACCGGGAACAAAUUCUCUUUCUAGCGUUUGAUCAAAUCAUAUCUGACACUAAAUAUCAAACCCAGCUUAUUUUUUCUCUGGGAAAGAAACUAACCGAGGUGACACAGCCUAGUAAACUUUUUUUUCCCCAACUUAAACCGAAGUUGGAGCUUUGAAUUGAGGAUUAGGGUCAUUCGGGGCAUUAUCAAUAUGAAGGCUUUAUUGAUCCCAUUUUCUCUGCUGCUGCUGCACCUGUCCCAGUCAUGGGGAGGUAAGAUCCUGGUGUUCCCGGUGGAAGGCAGUCACUGGAUAAACAUGUUGAAAAUCAUAGAAGUUCUGCACACCAGAGGUCAUGAGAUUGUCGUGCUGCGGAUGUCACCGAGCUGGUACGUCAAAGAGAAGUCUUCCCUCUACACGUGCAUUGAUUUGCCCACCACCAGCUUUGAGGAAAAUUUUGAAGUAUUUGUGUCUCAGCAGUUGAAGAUAAGGCUACAGGCUAAAUCUUUCUGGUCUCGUAUGUGGGCUAAUAUGCAGAUGCGGUCCUUAAUGGUGGAGCAGUUCAAUAUUUUCCAUCAGCAGAUUGGGGAUCUCAUUAUUAAGAUCCUCGAAGACAAAGACCUGAUCCAAAAGCUCAGAAAUGCCCGGUAUGACUUGUUUCUGACUGACCCAGGUCAUGCAGGAGGGACAAUCCUGGCUAAAUACCUCAAACUUCCUCUGGUUAAUAACGCCAGAUGGACUGUUCAGGGUGAAGCUCACUUUGACAUUGCACCAUCACCUCUGUCCUAUGUGCCCUUCACUGCCACAGAAUUGACAGACAAAAUGACUUUUCUUCAAAGAGUGAAAAACUGCAUUAGUUCUGUCUUGGGAAGAUAUACAAUGGCAACUAUCUCUGAGCCUGUGUACAAACCAAUACUGAGCAAGUACUUUGGUGCUGAUGUAGAUUACUCUGCAUUCAUGGCAGAUGCUGAUAUUUGGCUGAUGAGAAAUGAUUUUAUUUUUGAAUACCCUCGCCCCACGAUGCCCAAUGUGGUGUAUAUGAGUGGUUUUCAGUGCAAGCCUCCUAAAGCGCUCCCUGCUGACCUGGAGGAGUUUGUGCAGAGCUCAGGUGAUCAUGGUGUCAUACUGAUGAGUAUGGGGACGUUAGUGUCCCAGCUCCCUUCACAUGUCACUGAGGAGAUUGCUGCAGCCUUUGCUCAACUGCCCCAGAAGGUCAUAUGGAGAUAUUUAGGCCAGAGGCCGGCCAGUCUGGGCAACAACACUCUACUGGUCAAAUGGUUCCCACAGAAUGACCUGUUAGGACAUCCCAAAACCAGAGUGUUUUUGACCCAUGGGGGCACCAAUGGCCUUCAGGAGGCAAUUUACCAUGGAAUCCCAAUUGUAGGUAUCCCUAUAUUCUUUGACCAGCCUGAAAACCUGUCACGAAUCCGUGCCAAGGGUGGGGCAGUGAUAGUGGACGUUGCAGAGGUGGACAGGCAGGUGCUGGGACAAGCCUUAAACACUGUCCUAAACGAAGCGUCCUACACAGAGAACAUGAGGAGGCUGUCCUGGCUGCACAAAGACCAGCCUCUGAGCCCAAUGGACCAGGCUGUGUUUUGGAUCGAGUUUGUGAUUAGACACAAAGGAGCGCCUCACCUCAAGUCCCACUCACACACACUGUCCUGGGCCGUCUACCACUCUUUGGACGUCAUCAGCGCUCUUCUCUGUGCCUGUCUGUUCUUCAUAUACACAUUUGUCUAUGUGGGGAGGGCUGUGUGGAGAAGGAUUUUUAGGAGAAACAAAGUCAAACAGGGAUGAUAACAUAAACCACUAUAUCUAAUCAACUAUUGAAUUUUCUAAACCAAUACACUGUUUAAUUACUUCUCUGAUAUUUUUGUUCAAGAUGUGAUUUGUUUGAGUUUUUGCCUUGCUAUACAUCAUCUAUUUUGUUCACAAAUAAACCACUAUAUAGCAG